AUGCAUGCCUGCCCUGAAUGUGGCUUCCAGGAGUUGCUCGCUUUACUGGGAACCCAGGGUGUCAGGGCUGUCCUGAGACAAAGAAUUCCGAAACCAAAAGAUGUGGUCAUUUUUUCUGGGGAAGUCAACCGAGUGAUUGCUGACUUGAUUAAAAGAAUCUACACCCUCAGGAGCCAGGCAGAAGACGGAGAAACUAUCACCAAUGUCAGUGACAUUUUCUUCAACUACUCCAUGGACGGGGAGGCGGAGUCGGGGACUGCCUGUCGCCUCAUCUGCCAUGGUGGCUUCUCCUGUUACUACUUCAGUGCAAACAAAGUGACCUCUUACACCCCGACAUUACUCCUCUGCUCCCCCGUCCCUGGUCAAAUUCACGUUGACAACAAGUUGAGGGACAUGCAGUACCAGAUGGACCCAGGCCAGAGGGAGGGGGGACUUCUCACACACCUCUUCCUCAGCCAGGAGCUCACACUGGAGGAGAUCUACGCCAACGUGACCGAGAUGCUGCUGGCCGGCGUCGACACGACAUCUUUUACCUUAUCCUGGGCGGUGUAUCUCCUGGCAAGGCACCCAGAAGUGCAGCAGACGGUGCACCAGGAGAUCGUCAAGAAUCUGGGGGAAAGGCAUGUUCCCACCGCAACGGACGUCCCCAGAGUCCCUCUGGCCAGGGCUCUCCUGAAGGAAGCCCCGAGGCUGUUUCCAGUGCUGCCGGGGAACGGCCGGAUCACCCAGGAAGACCUGGUCAUUGUCGGGUAUCUGAUUCCCAAAGGCGCAAAGAGCACAGGCCCCCUUUUCUUCUGCAUGAGUUUUGUGACAAAGACGGGCUUUAGGAGAAAGAAGGGGAACUGUGGGAUCUUACUGCUCUGGAAACUUUCUGCUCAGACCUCUCCCCCACCCCCGGCCUCCUGCCAGACCCUGUGGGAGCAGCCCAGGAGAGUCUCUGAGGAUGCCAGUGGCUUGCUUCAGCGUUUUGAGCUCAAAACAUCUUCUCAGACCAAAGCUGUUCACGCAAAAACCCACGGGCUCCUGACACCAGGGGAGCCCAUCCAUGUGUGUUUUGUUAACAGAAAGUAA